UUGCAAUAUUCCAACACUUGGCAAGUUUACGCGAGAGAGCUCCUGACUCAUUCUUUCCAGGUGUUGGAUAGUCUGAAUAGCACCUUUUCCAAUUCCAUCUAGCAGUUCAAUUUCGAUCCCAGCCCACAAUUAAAACCCUGUUAUUUUUUCCUAUAUUUAGAGACCCUUUUACUCAUUCUGUUAAAAUCCCAAAUCCCCAGAUUUUUUGACUCCAUGUUUCGGUGUGUUGGGUAGGCUCGAAAUUUGUUGACAUUCCAUUUUUGUGAUUUGAUUUUCCUCCUCAUCUUCAUCUCUUUUUUCAACUCCACUGCACUUUCCAAUACUAGCAGGAACAACCCUUUUCAUAUGCUCAAGCACCAGAAGUAACAAAGAGAAGAAGUGUAGAAGGGGUGGCCUUAAACUUAAAGAUUCGAUUUUGGGAGGAUUAGAAGAAGAAGUGAAGUAUCGUGUCUCUUGGGUUUUUCUUGAAAGGCACUUUUGGUCACUUGGUUUAGAUAGAAAUUUAGAAAUCUAGAGUAAAGUUGAGUUUUUUUGUAGAGCCUUGUAUGUAUAGACAGAUAAGUUUGAUAGAUAGCGAUAUAUAGGAAGAUAAGCAAUACUAGUAGAAAUGGUGAGUGGAAAUUUAUUUCAUUGUAGAAGAAACUCAUGGCCCCCAGAGGAAUACAUCCAUCGAUCAACUUUACAGUUGUUUGAUUUUGAUAGUGCUGGGCCACCAGAACAAGCUUGGAGAAGGAAAUUGGACACCCAUGCCAGUAUUCUUAGAGAAUUCAGUAUUACAUUUGUGGAAGCAAUUAAAAUGAUCAGACUUGGUAUACGUCUUUGGUCAUAUGUAAGGGAAGAGGCCUCGCAUGGAAGGAAAGCUCCAAUUGAUCCCUUUACACGUGAAAGUUGCAAACCAUCAGCAUCACAUGGUAUUCCACUUGGGGGUAUGGGAAGUGGCAGCAUAUCUAGAGGUUUUCGUGGUGAAUUCAGGCAUUUUCAACUUCUUCCGGGUGCAUGUGAGGCUUCUCCUAUCAUGGCAAAUCAGUUCUCAAUUUUCAUAUCACGAGAUGGAGGGAAUAAGAAGUAUGCAUCUGUUCUAGCCCCUGGACAGCAUGAAGGUUUAGGGAAAUCUGGCGAUCAAGGUAUAUCAUCAUGGGGAUGGAAUCUGGAUGGCCAGCAUUCCACUUAUCAUGCACUAUUUCCAAGGGCGUGGACAAUCUAUGAUGGUGAGCCAGAUCCAGAACUCAAAAUCUCCUGCAGGCAGAUAUCACCAUUUAUACCUCAUAACUAUAGGGAGAGCAGUCUUCCUACAGCUGUUUUUGUCUACACUUUGGUUAACACAGGGAAGGAGAGGGCAAAAGUCAGUCUUCUUUUCACAUGGGCAAAUUCAAUUGGAGGUGUCUCACAUAUGUCAGGAGAUCAUGUGAACGAGCCAUUUAUAGGUGAAGAUGGAGUCUCUGGAGUGCUCCUGAAUCACAGGACUACAAAAGAUAACCCCCCAGUUACUUAUGCCAUUGCUGCAUCUGAAACUCAGAAUGUAAGCGUGUCAGUUUUACCCUGUUUUGGCCUGACUGAAGGAAGCUGUGUAACAGCAAAGGAUAUGUGGGGUAAAAUGGUUGAGGAUGGGCAUUUUGACAGGGAGAACUUUACAAAAGGGCCAAGCAUGCCAUCUUCACCUGGUGAGACGCACUGUGCUGCAGUUUCUGCCUCAACGUGGGUUGAACCUCAUGGAAAGUGCACUGUUGCAUUUGCUGUUGCUUGGUCAUCCCCUAAAGUUAAAUUUAUGAAAGGGAAAUCUUAUAAUAGGAGGUACACUAAAUAUUAUGGCACUUCUGAGAGGGCUGCGGUAGACUUGGUCCAUGAUGCCCUGACAAAUUAUAAGCUAUGGGAAGAAGAGAUUGAAAGAUGGCAAACUCCAAUCCUCAAGGAUGACAGGCUACCAGAAUGGUACAAAUUUACAUUGUUCAACGAGCUAUAUUUUUUGGUUUCCGGAGGGACAGUUUGGAUUGAUUCUAGCUUGCCAACUGAGGACUCGUGGGAAGUUCAGAAUGAGGCAGUGCCAGUAAAGAUCAAAGAAGUCACAGUGAGUAAAACACAAGAAAAUCAUAACCAAGACAUGGAAAACAACCAGACUGUCGUCAAUACUCAUGUUGAUAUGAUGUAUGUUAAUUCACAAGAUGAUGGUGUGAAAAGUUCGAAAGUUAGUAAUGAAAGAGCUUCUAACAACUCUGAUGAAAAAGACGAAUCAACACUUUUCCGAAGAAGAUUUGAAAGCCGUUUUACAACUUCCUCUAGUAAAUUGCUGGAGAACGAUACCAAUGAUGUUGGUAGGUUUCUGUACUUGGAAGGUGUAGAAUAUAUCAUGUGGUGCACAUAUGACGUGCACUUCUAUGCAUCUUUUGCCUUGCUUGAGCUGUUUCCGAAGAUUGAGCUCAGCAUUCAGCGUGAAUUUGCAAAAGCGGUAUUAUGUGAAGAUAAGAGGAAGGUGAAGUUUCUAGCAGAGGGAAAUUGCGGUAUCCGGAAGGUCAAAGGGGCUGUUCCUCAUGAUCUUGGAACUCAUGAUCCAUGGCAUGAAAUGAAUGCUUACAAUAUACAUGAUACUAGUAGGUGGAAGGAUCUGAAUCCUAAGUUUGUGCUUCAGGUUUAUAGAGAUUUUGCUGCCACAGGAGAUUUUUCCUUUGCAGCUGAUGUUUGGCCUUCUGUUCGCGCUGCAAUGGAAUAUAUGGAACAGUUUGAUCGGGACCAUGAUGGCCUCAUUGAAAAUGAUGGAUUCCCAGAUCAAACAUAUGAUACUUGGACAGUCCACGGAAUAAGUGCUUACUGUGGUGGUUUAUGGCUUGCUGCACUUCAAGCUGCAGCAGCAAUGGCUGUUCAGCUUGGUGACAGAGCCUUUGCUGAACGAUGCAAAAGCAAAUUUGUAAAAGCAAAGGCAGCCUUUGAAGAAAAAUUGUGGAACGGCUCCUACUUUAAUUAUGAUAGUGGUUCUAGCAGUAACAGCAAGUCAAUCCAAGCUGAUCAAUUGGCAGGACAGUGGUAUACAGCAUCUUCAGGCUUGCCUGAUCUUUUUGAUAAAGUUAAGAUCCAGAGUGCCCUCCAAAAAGUAUAUGAUUUCAAUGUGAUGAAAAAUCGAGGAGGUAGGAUGGGUGCAGUAAAUGGAAUGUAUCCAAAUGGAAAGAUAGAUGAGACCUGCAUGCAGUCCCGUGAAAUAUGGACUGGAGUCACCUAUGCAGUGGCUGCCAACAUGAUUCUUGCUGGAAUGGUGGAGCAGGGUUUUGCGACAGCUGAAGGUAUAUUCCUGGCAGGCUGGUCAGAAGAGGGCCAUGGAUAUGCAUUUCAGACUCCAGAGGGUUGGUCAAUAGAUGGGCACUUCAGGUCUCUCCUGUACAUGAGGCCACUUUCAAUUUGGGGCAUCCAGAGGGCAAUGUCUUCGACUAAGACUACUCUUGAAGCUCCAGUGAUAAACAUUAUGGACAGAAUCAACAUACCCUAUCAUAAUAGCACACUUUCCUCUCGCAGUGAAAGUGGCGUCAAGAAGAUAGCACACAAGGCCAAGUGCUUCAAGAACUCGGUCUUUCAUUGUGCAUGCUGACUGACUUUCUUUGUGAGGAAUGUAAUGCUACUGCUAAAAUGUUGUUCAUUCAUUAAUUCUUUGUAGUUGGAUGGUUCCUCCCAUCCUCUUUUUUCAGCAGCAAGAAUAUAGCUGAGGGAGGUUUGUGGAAAACUUCAGCCCUACGGGCCAUGGCAAUAAAAACUGGAAGGACCAUGCAUGUAUUCUAUUAAAAUAGAGUCCUAGUUUUAGCCUAGUUAACGUUCUAUAUAGCAAUAAUUUCAUGUCGUUCUGUAAGAGAUUUUCCAGGACUCUUUUUUGACUCUGUCCUUAUCUGUUUUGAUCUUUUUCUA